GUGACGGUGCUACGUCGUCGUCCACGUUGUUACCAUGGUUUCCACGUCCUUCGUGACUCUGGUGUUCCUCGUGUGCCUGCAAACGGUACUACUGUCGACUGUGAGCAACUGCGCGAAGACGAUCAGCAUGUACUGGAACACCACCAACUCCAUAUUUCGAAUAGACAACACAGAUCAUAUAAUCGACGUGAACAAGAACAACGCAGCGUUCGAGUAUGAUCAAGUCAAUAUAAUAUGUCCCGUCUACCCAUCGGACACGUAUGAUGACGAUACUGAGAAGUACAUCAUCUACAAUGUGUCCAAGGAGGAGUAUGAGACAUGUCGGAUAACGAACCCGAGUCCGCGGGUGAUAGCGGUGUGUGACAAGCCGCGCAGAACGAUGUACUUCACCAUCACCUUCAGGCCGUUCACGCCACAGCCCGGGGGCCUCGAAUUCCUCCCGGGCCACGAUUACUACUUCAUCAGCACCUCGUCCAAGGACGACCUCCACAGGCGCAUCGGCGGACGGUGCACCAGCCACAACAUGAAGGUCGUCUUCAAGGUCUGCUGCGGCAAUGAGGCCGAGACGUCCUCGUCAGCGACGUCGCGUAACAACUCCGUAGCCGUGACCAGCAGCACCGUGACCAGCAGCAGCUCGACGAGCACCGCGGUUUUGGGCGGCGGAGCCGCCGGUCUGCCACCCCAGCCACCGCCGAUUGUCUACAGGGGCGGGGAUCGAUUCUACCCGGGGGGCAGCAUUCAUCAUCAUCACGAUCAUCAUCAGGGCACGGCGGCGCCGACCCUACCCCACAUGCCCUCGCCGCCCCUCUAUCCCGCGCAUCCACAUCAGCCGCAGUUGCCAGUGCACAAUGGACCGCCGUCCUCGAUCACGCCGCCCAAGACCUCGAUCGGCCAGAAGAAGAAGAACAAGGAGUACUCGGACCAUCCGAACGAGGUAGUGAAGAACGAGGAGCUGACGUACAACCGUGCGGACUCGUACGUCGUCUCGUCGCGGGUACGGUACGCGCAAAGCCUGAUCCUGGCGACAGUCAGCCUGCUGAUGAACGCGUUGCUGCAGCAGCUCCUGCGGUGAAGCGGCAGCAUCGGCCACGUACGAGAACGUCGUAUAUCCCAUGCGUCGAAACCCCUUCUUCUGUGAUUAUCCUACGUUUAAUUGAUUUCUUGAGCGGCGCGCGAGGCAUACACGCGCGUCCCCUCGGCCGUCCCCUCGAUCGUAGUAAGACACGCACGAUCCGUAGUCGCGUCGACUCGAGAGAUGCAGCGGAAAGGAGAAAAGAAAGAGAAAGAGAGGGGAGAAGGAUAGAGAGGGAAAGAGAGAGAGAGAAGAAAAGACGAAGGCGAAGAACGAGAGAAAUACAUCGAGGGAGAAGACACGCACGGUGCACGAGCGGCAACGCCAUAUUAACUGCAAUUAACGGACUAACGGGGUUCCCGGGGUAGAGUAUUGCAGGACAAAUGAAGACAACGGAGCCGAGGGUACGAGACGGGAGGGUAGCGGAGGAGAAAGCAGAAAAAAGACGGAAAAGAAAAAAGAACACUACUACUAGACACUACUUAUAGUACACGCCCACUAUUAUCACUACUAUAAAUGGUAGUCGUAUUGGUUGUCCUUCUUAUCAUUACGCUAACUGUAAGUAUUUAUUCGAAUACGUGAGAGGACGGGAGCGCGAGAGUCGCGGCAGCGUGCUAAGUAUCCUCGAGCGAGAGUACGAGGAGCAUACGAGGGGGGGACGUCGUCUCCCCGGCAUACGCUGGUAUCGGGGCUGCGCGAAUCUCCCCGUCGAAUCGCGUUCUUUGAUCGAAGCGUCGCGAGUCGGAGUUAAUUCGACAGAAAAACAAUGAGAGAACAAAGAUAAAUGGACUCGCGACGGCUAUGGGCGACGAACGAUCCUUCGUUAAGGGGUCCUCGCUCGGAGCCGGCAAGGAAAGUGGCUUUUCCCGAGCGCGAUCGUCCGAGCGCGCCGCGCCUCGAGAAAAGAGUACCUGAAAAUCCUGGGAUGUUCUCGGUUCGCGGCCAAGGCGGUAACAGUAAUCUGAGGGGCAGAGACGGCCCUUCCUCGUCGCGACAAGCUCCUGGCAAUCCCGCAGACGCUUGAAUUCGAACUUAUCGCGCCAUGGUAUCUCGAUCAUCCGCCGGACGAGGAAUCGAAGAAUUAGAAAGGAUCGCGUGGGAGUAAUCGUAUCUCUCGCGCGGCGUCUGUGCUCGGACCGAUCGCCGCGGACGCCGGCCGGGACGCCGAGGACGAAGGAUCAUUCGAGUUUCGCGUGCGGAGAUCGUGAGUAGGAUAGUUAGCACGCGUGUAAAUAAAUUCCUAAUGAAUAUGUACAAGUGGCUCUUGUGGCCGCCAUUGCCGACAGGCAGCAGGGGGCCGGGGAGGUUUAAGAAAGAGUGCCGUAUUUCUAGGUAAAUCUUAUAAUACUGAGAGAAUGAGAGGAAGAAGAAUGCUGCACGUGAAAGUCAAAGAGAGGAAACUGCGAGUAAACGUAUGAGUGUUAAAAAGACUUUAUGCGAGCACCGCGACGAUGCUCAGCGAACGUGAGUCACUUAUUUGUGUGAAUUUCUGCCAUUACCAACGGUCAGAUUAUUCUCGCGAGUCAACGAGAAUGAGAAUAGAUAUAAUAUCUCCUUGACUCGGUGAAAAAAAAAUAACAAAGAAAAGAGCGAGCGAGCGAGCGAGAGAAUUAGAAAAUAGCGUGCAAGGGAGACUGAGUCGCGAGUCGAGUAAGAGACAUGUUUGUAUAAUAGCUGUACCAUACCGAGACUUCUAUCUAUAGAUCUGUAUUAUAUUUAUUAUAUCCGCUAUCAUUACACUACGAAUAUUCAACACUCGAUAUUCUAUAUAUUUGCUAGCGAAAUAUAAAAUUUAAUAGCAAACAAAUUAACGUACUGCCGGCGCCGGGGUGGAAACGGCGAUCGCGCGGCGUACGAACGAACUCCCCCCCGGAGCCAAUUCCCCGUCGUUUGUUGUUUUUCCCUCGCUCUUGAUUGCGUUCCGAUUAUUCGUACAUGAGUAACGUUUCUAUUCAUGCUGUUCACGGUAUCUGACUAAUCGGCCAUUCAAUCACGUUCCCGAUUUAUUGAUCCUUGUUUCUGCGUCCUUUUUUUUCUAUUGUUCUAUUUAUUAUUGAACGCCAGAAAAAAAAGACUUUCAGCGCCCGUGUAUGCGUUUCGCGUCCGUAAUGCGGUGCAAUGGAAAAUUCACGCACCACGGAGAAGCGUAAUUGCGUGUACGCGCGCACGCGGACGCGACACGCAAGAACGAUGGGCGAAGCAGUGAGUAAUUUUUUUCGUUCGCGUCGGCCAUGGGAGGAAAAUCACGAGAGGAACGCGACUGCACUAACGAAUUAUUGUAAAUAUACGAAUUUACGCGCGGGAAACGAGUAACGGGAAAAUUGCGCGCGAAUGCCGUGCUCUGUGUGUAUAUGUGUAUGUGUAUGCUGUGAGAGAAUGGAAGCGCGAAGAACAGAGAUCCUUAUUCAAUUACCGUAGCGAAACCGGAAGUCCUCGCGCGCGGUUGAAGAUUGCUCGAUGCGCGGCCUAACUCGUUUUCAAAAGUUUAUUCACGGUUCAUCAUCUCCAUUUGUAUCUGCGACUGCGAAUGAUCGUGACCAUUACGAGGAUCAUGCGAACACACAUGGAAAGCUCAACAGCGUGUUAUGUUGUCCAUAAUGAUGUUAUCAAUGAUGUAGUGUUACGAGCACAGGCACGUUUGACUGUCCACUCGUCUCGUUUGUAUCUUUCACGAUUCCAGCUGGCCACCGAUUCGAAUCUCAUGCGUACUCUUUUUUCCCCAAAUAAAUGACGUCAAAUCGUCACACUCGCAGACAAUCGGUAUCGUAUCACGAAAUAUCCAGAGCUAAUCGGAGCAAAAACAUUUACGUUACGAAUAUUCGUUCCCGAUGCCAGUCUCAUUCUGCGACACUUUAUUUUACAUUUUAUUUUGCGGAGAACCACGGCCGCUCGAUGCUACCGCGCGAGGACAUGGCAUUGUGUGAGGAAUCGUGAAAGUGUCAUGAGACAGGCAAUCGUCGAAUUCACCACAGAAGUGGCAUAGAAGAAAGAAGAACACGGGAAAACACCGGUUGAUCGAUCGUUCGUGUACGCUGAAAGGUAAACGCGCUGAGGAUCCGCACAUCCACGUGGAUCCGCAGAUGAAUGGCACUCUCAUUCGCGGCUGGCGAUAAGCGAAUACGUUAUAACGAUAACAUAGACUUCGAACUAUUCGAUAUAGAAAAUAGACAAGGUCACUCACUGCAAAAAUUCACAUUUUUUCUUUUUAUUUUAUCUUCCCCUUUCUUUCGUUUCUGUCGUCCAUCCACCACCACGCAUCCGCACCAUUCUCACACACUCUCACCCACCUAUACACGUACAUACAUACAUACAUUCGCAUACGGAGAAACACAAAUCCCUCAUUGCACAAUCCACACCAGAGACCGCAAGACGUGAGGCGUCCUGCUACUGACGAGGAAAAAAAGGUAUUUUUUUAACAACAGAUAGAAUGCAUCUCCGGUGGGUUUGUUUGUUCAGAGGCGUGUGUAAAUAGAUGUAACGUGUACACGCGGGGAUCUGUGCACGUCGUCGUAUUAACGAGUCAGAUCUAUAUUGCGGUCCACGCGAUCGGUUGAUACCGCUGAUACAAUUUAAACACAGUGUAAAUAAACGUCCGAAGUAGAUUUAAAAAAGGAGAGAGAGAGAGGAAAGAACAGGAUACGCUUCACGUCCAUUCCAUUCGAGGAGGCCUGAGUUCCCGUCUGCCGUUACGUUCUCGGUACGCCGCUUCUCACUUACGUAAUCAUCCACUUGUGUGCGUGUAUAAGAACAAGAAAGGAUGCCGGACGAGGCGCGCGCGGGUGCCUCUCGUCGCGAACGAGAAGUACCACCGCGCGCGCGUAUUCUCACGCAUGAAAAAAAAAAGAAAGAAAAAGAAAAAAAGACAAAGACUUGUUCCUCUCUUCUCGAGAUCGAGGGUAAAAUAUCCGCCGCGCCGACAGCAGGGCCCGCGCGCGCGCGGUUUCUAAUGGAUUAAGUAAUUAACGUAAAGGGGGGUGCGCGUGGAUAUAAAGUGAAUUUCGUAGAGAUACGCGUCUCUCUGUAAAUAUAAACAAAUUAAAAUGAUUAUAUUAAUAAUACGGUAACACACACGUAUACACACACACAGACACGGUGAAAUUUAUAUUAAAAAUGCAUAGCGGAUACGAGAUAGGUUUCUAAUAACGAUUUAUUAUAAAGAUAAAACAGAUGAAUGUAUGUUGAUGUCUAAGAUUUUUAAUAAGACGGGGCGGACACAGAGCGACUAACUGUAAACUACGAUUAAAACUAUUCGUAACCGAGGACACACGAGUACUCUAAUUAAAUUAAACGGGCGAGGCAGGUUCGCGAGUGCGGAGGGACAACACUUAGCCAGAUCGUGAUUUCUCACGUUGCAUAUGUUAUUUUGUAACCCCGGAGCGUACAGGACCCAUACAUACACUCUCGACGUCACGGCUAGCAUACGCGGCAUCUUGUUGCAAGACGACACUCCUGUUAAAAUGACUAAAAGUCGGAAACUGUGUACGCGACACGUUAAUCAAAGGGAGAACGACGAAGGGCGCCACACAGGUAAAAAAUAUCGAACGUAAUGUAUUUCGUUUAGCUUCUUUUCCAGCGCCGAUGUUGCAAUAUCUUCGCCAGGAUUCAUACAUCGCGGUAAUCUCGCUUCGAGUCCGAUCAGCGAUUUAUUUAUCCGUUUUCGUUCGUGCGGACGCGCUUGUUACACGUUCGUUUGAAUUGUUUCACGGAGUUCAACGCAUUUCGUGAAUAAUGAGAUGCGACACGAUGCAUCUCAGAAUAUUAAUGAAAAAUCCCCGGUCUCGCCAAAGGGAGAGGGAGAGUGCAAUAGGGCUCAUUAACGAAUGCGCUCGUCGUUUGCGUGCCGCGCUCGGCUCACCGCCGCGUAUGGUAUCCUUGGAACGGGACCUUAUAGAUUGCGUGUGUUCACCAGUAUGCACAUUCAGUACCAGUACCAGUCGUUCAUUACAGAAUUACAGAAUACAAUACAAAGUAGCGUAGUGUUCAUAACGGUAGUCCACUAUAGCGAAAUAGCAGUUAAACGAGCGGCCACCAGGUUGCGAAAAAAAAAAAACAGGAAAAAAACGCCAUAAUCAACCCAAAAAAAAGAAGAGAGAAAAUUGCAGGUAACAGUACGUAAAGCGAGAGAGGUAAACGUAAAUGAAUUUUUUCACGAGGGCGAGACACACACAGACGUACGCAAGACACGCAUUACACUGGACACAAAGCUGUGCCGCGAAACUGUGCGAGACGCACAGCGAGAGUUUACGUAUGCACGUUAGGAGAGAACGAAAAUGAGAGAAUGAGAGCGA